AUGAGGUUGUGGAGGUUCUGCGUGCUGCUGUCGGCUGCAGUGGCAGCGGUGCCGCUCGUGGACGCCGGUAUCCUGUAUCCCAGGGAGUCCGAGUCCAGGGAGGUGAGGUCUCUGGACGGCCUCUGGAACUUCAAGCUGGACCCGGGCGACGAGGGCCACGCUCAACAGUGGUACGCCGAUGACCUCGCCAGGGCUGGAGAGGUGCUGGCGAUGCCGGUACCGGCCAGCUACAACGACGUGACGCAGCUGAAGGAGGUGCGCGACCACGUGGGGCUGGUCUGGUACGACCGGCGCUUCUUCGUGCCGCGCUCCUGGCAGUCGCCAAACACUCGCGUGUGGCUGCGCUUCGGCAGUGCAACCUAUGCCGCUGAAGUGUGGGUGAAUGGCAACAAGGUGAUGGAACAUGAUAUUGGCCAUCUACCAUUCCAAUCUGAAGUCACAUCUGUCAUUAUCUAUGGAGGAAACAAUCUAGUUACAGUUGCAGUGAGCAAUUUGCUUAAUAAUGUAACUAUUCCACAAGGCUCAUUUACAACACUGGAGACUACAAAUGGCACCAAGACAUACCAGAGCUAUACAUUUGAUUUCUUUAAUUAUGCGGGCAUUGACGGGCCUGUUUAUCUCUACACCACACCAGGGAUCUGCAUUGAUGAUAUCAGCAUUACAACUGACUACUUACCUGAUGGGACAGGCUCUGUGCAAUAUAAUGUGACAGUAGAUGGUCAGUCUGCUGAUCUUGUUUCCUGUGCUGUGUCCCUUCUGGAUGCAGAAGGCCAGGUUGUAGCCAACAGUACAGGUUUCUCUGGAGAGUUGACUGUCGCAAAUGCCAAUGCUUGGUGGCCAUAUCUUAUGAACCCUGUACCAGGAUAUCUCUACACUCUUGAGGUUCAUGUGAUAUCUCCAGAUGGGGCAUCAGAUGAUAUUUACAGGCUUCCUGUUGGAAUACGGCGUCUCACCUGGAAUAGCUCAUCAUUCCUUAUCAAUGACAAACCCAUUUACAUAAGAGGUUUUGGCAGACAUGAAGAUUCUGAUAUUCGUGGGAAAGGUCUUGAUCUUCCUUUGGUGACUCGUGAUCAUAACUUGUUAAAGUGGGUGGGAGCAAAUUCUUAUAGGACAUCACAUUAUCCUUAUGCAGAAGAAAUAAUGGACUUUGCUGAUAAGGAAGGCUUCAUCAUAAUUGAUGAGUGUUCAGCAGUGAACAUUGCAAACUAUUCGGAAGAUCUACUUGAAAAUCACAAACGCUCACUGACUGAGCUAAUCAACAGAGAUAAAAAUAGACCUAGUGCUAUCAUUUGGUCAGUAGCUAAUGAGCCUCUUACUGAACUAAAUGGAACAGAGGAUUAUUAUAGGGAAAUUAUCAAUCAUGUGAAAAGCCUCGACACAACUCGUCCUACUACAAUUGCUCAGUCAGAAAGCUGGUCUAAAGAUCAGGCAAGUCAGUUCUUGGAUAUUAUUGGAGUGAACCGUUACCUUGGAUGGUAUGAGAAUGGAGGGCUUCUUGAAACAAUUGAACCACAGUUCAUAAUGGAAAUUGAUAUGUGGAGAGAAAAGUACAACAAACCAAUAAUAAUUACAGAAUAUGGAGCUGAAAACAUUGUUGGGCUGCACUCGCAACCUGAAUUCAUGUGGUCAGAGGAGUACCAAGGAGCUUUAUUUUCUGCAUUCUUCAAAGCUUUUGACAAACUUCGAGAAAGAGAUUACUUUGUUGGGGAAAUGAUAUGGAACUUUGCAGAUUUCCAAACUGCUCAGAAUUCCAAACGUGCUGCAGGAAAUAAGAAGGGAAUCUUUACAAGAGCACGGCAGCCCAAAAUGACAGCACAUAUGGUGAGACAACGGUAUUGGUCCCUUGCCAAAGAAGAUUAUAAUGUAACACUUCCUGAAGAUCUUAACCCCUAUGUUUGCAGUACUUGCUGAAAUUGGGGAAAAUGUGCAGUACUGCAUCCACCAUCUGUACCAGACAUCAGCACAUCACUUGGUCUAUACUACACCUAUUUAUUAAGAACCCAAGAUUUUCUUUUAAAUAGAAGUUUUAUACACAAAAAAGAACAGAUACACGGAAUUAUUUUGUCUACUGCUAGCUGCAGAUCCAUAUACAUACUUGAGAACAGAAGUUCUAGAACAAGUGAAGAAAUCCAACUGCCAUGUUUCUACUAACACUUCUGAAAAUAUAUUGUAGGUAAUGAUAAAAAUGUUGAUUUAAGUAAUAUUUUAUAUGUUGUGUAACAUGCAUGUAACUGUAUUAAAUUUUGUUAAUUCCACACUAGAAGACACUGUGCAGUCAAAAAUACCGUGCACUGUUAUUCUUAUUAACAGUGAUUUAAUCUUACAGUUUGUAAAGAAUGUAGUUUUUUUUUUAUUUUGUAACAAAACUGGAAUAUAAAAUGAAGCUUGUACAGUGAAAAUGUGAGUCAGUCCAAGCUGCAUUAUCUUGUCAGAUGACCUCUUUCCUGCAAUACAGAACCCUCUGUUGUGUGCUGAGGAUUAUGUAUCCAGUAUGAGAUUGAAGUACUGUGUUCUUUAAGCAUGGACCAUGAGCAUUUAAUUUAUGACACUCAGAAAAUUCUAGAAUAAGUUCUUGGUUUCACAAAUAAUAUUAAAUUAAAAUAACUGAAAAUUUUUGCAUUAAACAGAAUAGCAGCAAUCAUCAAUGAUAUAAAUUUAUUUAUUCCACAUUCAACUAUAUAGGUACCUCUCUGUAUUAUCAUAAACAGAGUUGCAAUAAAAUUUAGAGAUAAGUAGAUGUUUUUUUAACCCAGUCUAGGAUGCAGCUAAAUACCACAUACCACACAGUUUCUUGAAGUAUCAAAGAAUUAAUUGCUUCUCUGACUUCAAAUGUCAACAGAGUUAUUUUUAUGUGAAUGGAUGCUGUCUGUCUUCUUUCAGACGUAUCUCAAUAGGAUAGGUGGAAAUGUAAGCCAGGGAGUGUGAAGAGAUAGUCCACACAUUUAUGAUACAGAUUGUGUCCAGAUGGUGCAGUGGCUAAUACAACUGCCUAGUAAGUUGGAGAUCUCAGGUUUGAGCCCCAUUCCGGCACACUUUUUCAUCUGCUGCUGCAGAUUCCACAUUAUGUUCCAAUGCAGCUGAUAUCACUAGUUCCUUAUCUUUCCUUCACUUUUUCCCCGCUUCACCUUCAGUUACAUGGAGUUAUAUUUCUCAGUGGUAUUUUUUUUAUUGUAAUAGUUCAUUUGUGUUUGUUUUUUAAAAGUCUAGUACAAAGGGAAGAGAGAUCAUCAUUUACUCCUUCAUUCACAAAUAAUCUGGAAUGUAGAUGACAGUGACCAUGUGCAUGUGAGUGAGCAUGUUUGCAAUCUUUAAAUGUACUUUUAAAUGCAUCUAUGUGCCACACAAUAUCUCCUCUAUGUGGUGAGCAGCAAUCUAUCCAGUUCCAUCGUAGAUUUGCCAUUGUUUGAUUUCCACCAUAAUUUUUCAUGCUUGUGGUGCUUCUAAAUACAGCACUAAAAAGUAGUUUUGCCAGGACAGGGUAAUGAUAUUUAUGGUACUGAAAGAAUUUCUCUCGUUUCCAAAUAUCUAGACAUGACAAUGACAACAUUGAUAAUGAAUGUUGAUAAUGCUAAAUAUCAUCACAACAAAUCAUUCAUGGGUUAUGAGUCCAUCCAUUUUACCAAAAGUGCUGCACAUCACAACACAAAUGAUUUCAUAAGCUGCUUCACUACGUAGGCCAUUUGCAUAUUACCUUCCAGAACAAGUUUCUCUGAACUAGGGAGGUGAGACUUGUCUCACCAGCAUAUCCUGCACUCUCACAAUGGCCCUGGCCUAAACAACCACUAACUUGUUUCCCAAUGCAUCACCUUACCUGUUCUAUUCUCCCUUCUGGCCACACCCCUCCUUCUCCAUAAAUAUCAUGCCCUGUUUUCUCCCACUACUCUGCCCUCCCCAUGCAGACAUCUCCCUCCCCCCUUCUGCAGAACCAUCCCUUUCUCUCCAUGUUCCAUGUCUCCCUCUUCAUCUCCACCUUCUUCUCCUAGUGCCAUACUAAAUCUCCCUGCUCUCAUGGCAAUAGCCCCUUUUCAAACAUUUAAUUUUCAUGCUAUUUACAACAUACACUAUACUAUCGACUCCUGCUGUCCAGCCUGACUGAUAGACAAUCAUUGCAAGAAACUUCACCUUUUCCAGUUCCACCAAUCUGGUCUUUCAUAAACGUACAGUCCAUGGUCAAGCACAUACUUGACAGCCUCUACUCCUUUUACAAAAUCCUUUUACUCUAUGACCUCAAUCUCCUGGAUGCCAACACUGCAGUAGGAACUCUUGACCUUCGACGACUGAAACAGCAUUCCCAGUACCACUGAGGAAACUGUCCCGGCUACUCCUGCCUUGUGCCAUAUGGGAUUUAUAACCAAGGAAAAAGCUUACUGCUCUCACUUCUCUUGCCUCCUCCUCUGUCGGCCCUUCAUAGCUACCCACCACACCUUGCUGAUUUAUUCCACCUUCCAUAUUCCCAGAAACUCCCUCCACCAUCCAUGAAACACACUGCUCUUAAACAUCCCUCCCAUAACACUGUUGUCAACCUUUCUGCUAAAACUAUGAUCCCUCCAGAAGUCACAGUACUUUCUAAAGACCCGCCUCUAGCCUUGUAUGAAGUUCAUGAUGCUGGACUUAUAAAGGACCCCUCAUUCCUUUACUCAUUCUCUGCCACAGAAACAUUUCUUCACCAUACACCCCACUGUCAACAGCCAACCAAAACCCCCACAUAUAGCCUUGUUUAAAACAGUUCCAACCUCCCUCCAACUGUGAUACUCCUUACCUUUCAUCCAGUCAUCCCUGGUAAUCUUUCAGGAAUUCCUUACUUCUAACCUGGUUUCUUCUUCAUUUCCUAUUCCUCGUCAGUGAGUUGAACAUUAAUCCUUUGGAAUUCACAGCUAUCUGUAACCUGAAAACCAAUCCUACUCUAUCAUCCCUCCCAGAGAUAAAGGCUCCACCACAGUGGUCAUUAAUUAUAGUGACUAUGUGCCUAAGGGUCUCUACUAACUUUCCAACACCUCUGCAUACAAACCUUACUACCAUGAUCCCAUCCCAGAAGUUCAACAUGACAUUCAGCAGCCUUAGGUCAAGGCCUUAGGUCCACACCACAACGUAACACCUGAAUCCAACUCCUUCCUCACACUAGCAACCCCCUAUGCUCCUAGUUUUAUGUAAUCCCCAAACUCCACCAACCCAAACCAACAGGUCUCCCUACCAGUCAUCCUAUUGUGCCUACUCCCAUAGAAAGAACAUCUACAUUUGUUGACCAGUACCUCCAAGCUGUUGUCCAUAACCUCCCACCGUGCAUUCAAUACACUGCUCACUUCCUUAUUCGCCUCUCCAUAGUUCCUGAACCAUUAGCACCAGACUCUGUCCUGGUCACUGUGGAAGUGACAGCCUUAUACACCAACAUCCUCAAUGCCAUCUUUGCCAACAUCUUCCUGAUACGAAGCCCAUCACCUCUCUCCUAAUUCUCCAAGCCAAUCACUUCCUGACACACAAUUAUUUCACUUCGAAGGCCAAAUCCAUAAACAAAUCCAUAGUACUUUAAUGUGUACUCUCAUGGCACCAUCUUCUACCAACUUAUUUCUGGGCCAUCUGAAAGAAUCCUUUCUAUCUAGUCAAUAGCUAAAACCCCUCAUGUGGUUCAGAUUCACAGAUGACAUUUUCAUGAUGUGGACUCAUGACAAGGGCAACCUUCACUCCUCAACACUUACUUCCAAAUUCACUUCACCUAGUCCUUCUUAACUCAACAAGCCAUCUUUCUAGAUGUCAACCUCCACCUCUCAGAUGGCUCCGUAGCUAUGCCUGUUCAUAUCAAGUGCAUCAGCCACCAACAGUACCUCCACUUUGAUAGCUGUCACUCAUUCCUUGUCAAAAAGUUUCUUCAUUAUAGCCUCAUAACCCAUGGACACUGCAUCUGUUGUGAUAAGCAGAAGAUGUCAAAAUAUACUGACAAUCUUAUCAGAGCUUUUAUUGACAGACAAUAUCCUACUCAGCUCAUCCAUGA